GCGUGUUAAACGCCAAAGCAAAACAACUUCGAAUGAGAGUAGUUUGAACAUAAAAUCCUUAAAAAGAGAUAUUCCAAUAUUAUUAAGAAACCCAGAAUACUCAUGGGUUGUUGCUUUAAUUUUAUUGUUCGUAGAAAUAUUUGUUACAGCGUUUGUAAUUUACAAAAUACCCUAUACUGAAAUUGAUUGGAAAGCAUACAUGCAGGAAGUUGAAGGUGUACUCAACGGCACUCUUGAUUAUAAAGAAUUGAAAGGAGACACUGGGCCGUUGGUAUACCCUGGUGGUUUUGUAUAUGUAUUUUCCAUUUUUCAUGCGUUGACACAAGGAGGAGAAAAUAUUUUACUGGCUCAACUUAUAUUUGCUGUAUUAUACUUGGCAACUUUAUACUAUGUGUUUAGAUUGUACACACGAUCUGCAAUAGUUCCACCAUAUGCCUUGAUAUUCAUGUGCUGUACUUCGUAUCGAAUUCAUUCAAUAUAUGUCCUUAGACUCUUUAAUGAUCCUGUAGCUAUCUUCUUUUUAGUUUUAGCUGUGAAUUAUUUUAUUGACGACAGAUGGUUAAUAGGAUCUAUUUUCUUCAGUUUUGCAGUGUCUGUUAAAAUGAAUAUUUUAUUGUAUGCUCCUGGUCUAUUGUUUGUUAUGCUUCAUGACAUUGGAUUCAAAAACACAGCAUACUGUAUUUUUGUUUGUGCAUUAGUUCAGAUCAUCGUUGGUCUUCCAUUUCUCCUUUCAAACCCAAUCAGUUACCUUUCUCGUGCCUUUGAUUUAGGAAGAAUAUUUUUGCAUGAAUGGACCGUAAACUGGAGGUUUAUUCCUGAAGAAAUAUUUAUUAGUAGAAAGUUUCAUCUUAUUCUCCUCUUUUUGCAUUUAUUUAUUUUAGGAAUUUUGGCAUACAGAUGGACCAAGAAGUUUGGGAUUGGUACAUGUGGACCAAAGGAAUCAACAAUUUUAUCUGUUGACAAUAUGUUUUUUGUACUAUUUUCAUCUAAUUUUGUGGGUGUUGCGUUCAGCCGAUCGCUCCAUUAUCAAUUUUAUGUUUGGUACUUCUUUACACUUCCACAUGUUUUAUGGUGCACAAAUUAUAACCCCAUAUUAAAGCUGUGCAUACUUGGAAUCUUGGAACUGUGUUGGAAUACAUAUCCAUCAACCAAUAUGAGUAGUGCUCUCUUGCACAUGUGUCAUUUGUUAAUAUUAUGUAACUUUUUAUACCAUGGAGCUCCUGCACCUUACAAGGAUACUCAGAAGAAAUCAAGAACAAAAGAAUCUGAUUGAGACCGAUAUUUCAUAGAUAUUUUAAACAACUUUAUUGUUGGCCAUGUUCCUUUUUAAUGUUUGUUUUAAUUAUAAUACUGUUAUAUUGGGUAAGUUACCGCCCUAUAGCCAGGGCUAAGGCAGAAAUACAUGAAAUACACCACCAGCUCCGUCAAUUCCAGCCGAGGACUGCAGUUUCGUGCUUAUUAGCACUCAUCAGCUCGGCAUAGGACUAACUGAGCUGGAGGUGGAAAACCUCUUAAGGAAGCCAAGAGUGCCAAACAAACUGGUAGCUAAUAUAGAAUUAGCACUGACCAACUGCAGUCCUCGGCUGGAAUUGACUGAGCUGGUGGUGUAUUUCAUGUUAUAUUGGGUUGGAGGGAAAGUUCUGUUUUAUUUAAAAAAAAUAUUUGAAACUCAGCAACAGUUCCAACACCAAGUAUCCAUCAACAAAAAGGAAAGCUUUGUUUGUGAUGGGACAGGAAAGGUCCAGUGUACUACAAGUUGCUGAAACAGGGAAAAACCAUCAUUGUGGAUCUGUAUUGCAAUCAGCUGGAUAAAUUGAAUGCAGAGCUCUAUCAAAAGAAAAAAUGCCAUUAUUAGCAUCCAAAAAAGGAAUAGUGUUCCACCACGAUAAUGCUCGACCACAUGCUGCAAUGGUGACAAAACAAAAACUGAAUGCGUUAGGAUGGGAAAUCCUUAGUCACCCAUUGUUGUCACUUUUGUCGUAUUGUACCAUCUGAUUAUUACCUGUUCAGAUCUCUGCAAAAUUAUCUAAUGGGAAAUAAUUCGAGUCUUUUGAAAGAGUUUCUAAAGCAGUUGCUGAUAACUUUUACUACAAGGACAAGAACUUCUACAAAGCAGGAAUUCACAGGUUACCUGAAAGAUGGCAACAAGUUGUAACAAAUAAUGGAGCAAAUAUAAUUGAUUAAUAAUAAACACAUUUUUAUAAAUGAAUUCAAAUACUUUCUUUAAAAUAAGACAGAACUUUCCCUUCUACCCAAUAUUAUGUACUAUAUCUACAAGGAUUUUCAAUAAGGAUAAUAUAGUGCAUGAAAUCAUAAACUUUUUCCAAUGUUUUCCGAAAGCUAUGCACACAUUUUUGUUGGAAACUUAAUUAAAUAUUUUAUUGUAACUGCAGUUUAACUGUACACUUAAUUACAAAUUGAAAGCUGAAUAUUCUCUGUCAGAGAAACAAGUUGUAGUUCCGUGUAACUCAAAAUGCUAAACUAAUUGAGUUUCAGAGGACUUAAACUGCAAUAACAAUGCUGCUGUGCUAAGCACAAAAGUCGUAUCUGCAGGCGAGUUUAAAAGCAGAAAUUGUCGUUCAAAGUUUUUCCCCUCCAUGUAUUUGAUUCAUCUGCAACUUUUUCAGAAUUAAAAAAAAAUAUUUUCUAUUGACAAAUGACCAUAAAACGUUGCAUUUAGGUGAACUAUGUGACAAAGAACAACCUGGUGACCUUAACGCAAUUUUGACCCAAAGUGCAGAUACGAGUUUUGUGCAUAGCACGGCAGAAUGCAUAAAAAUUAAAACUGAACUCUAACCUUAUUUACUUUUUAAAUGGCCAUUAUUUCUUAUUUAUUUUUGUAUUUCAGUUAAUUAUUCCCUGUCUUUUUUCCCAAUGUUAUCCUUUAGUAAAAUACAUUAACAGUAAAUUGUGAUUUUUGUAUCACGAGUGAGCAUGAGGCAUGGGUUUCCCUUUUGGAGCAGGGUUGCCAGGUAUAAUUAAUAUUAGUCGUUUUGGUUAUUUUUUGAUCACAACACUUGGCUAGAAAAAAAAUAAAGCAUUAGCCAAACCAAUCUACCUUUGGCUUGGUAUUUAUCAUACAUAAAAUGAUUAAUACUAUAUGGAAUUGAUUGAUCAGGUGACUUAGAAAGAGUAUUAAAGCAAUUAUUUAAGCAAUAUAUUUAGAAAAAUAUUAAAGCAUUUAAAUUUAGAUUCAAUAAAUCUUGUACAUAAAACACAGGAUUUGUCUUAUAUGUAUUUUAGUAUGAUUGUAGUUAGAUAUUUUCAAUAUAUCUUGAAGGGAGCGUUGUUUCCUUGCAUGUUGGCUAUUUUUAGCAAAUUUCAUGAAGCAGUUUGGCUAUUUUUCUUAAUUUUCAUAUGGCAACCCUGCUUCUGAGGAGUAUCACAGUUUUCAAGCUGUAGAGGUUUAGAUUCUGUGAUUUUAAUACCCCUCAUAUCUUAGAAUUUUCAGUAUGACCCAAUUAUACUUUACAAUUCUAAAACCACUUUCAUUCAUAUUUAUAUUGCAUAGUAACUGAAUCAAAAGCAAAUAAUGAUCAUCGAAACUAUAGCGUCUUUGAUUAAAAUUUAAUAUGUUUAGGAGGCUAUAUUUACCUUCUUUGCCUUUUAUAUCAAGGGUGUCCAAACUUUAAAAAAAUUUUGGGGAGAAGGGGACUGAGACAAUAUUUCAGUUCAGUUGGCCUAGUUGUUGCUCCCCUACAUCCUUUAAAAAGUAAUAAUAAAAUAAGUGCUCAGUGAUCAUUUUCGAGUUUUUCGUUUCUUAGUUUUCUUUAAAAAUGCUUAUGAAAAAUGUAUUAUCAAGCAAACUAAUGUUUUUUUUUUCAGUUUGUAAGCUUCCUGGGGGCCAGACGAAAUCUUUUCGUUGGCUGUAGGUUGAAUGCCCCUGUAUUGUAUGAUUUGAUUUAGAUCCUGUUUAUUGUAUUUGCUUUUGAUUAAUCUUCAUAAAUCAAUUUUUGUUAAUUGAAACUUGUUAAGUGUUAAUUUUUAUUUUCAAACAUGAAGGCACAUUGCCUUCUUAGUAUUCGUCCAUGUCGGCAUCGACUAGGUGAUUGCUAUUUUGUAAAGAAGCACCUAGUGGGCAUGACGACCAUCAUCACCUCCUAGUCCAGAUUGACAAUAAUCAACUUAAUCAUAAAGAGAUUUUGCCAGCAGCCAUCCCCAUCUCUACAAUUUGGACAUGAGACUGAAAAGGAGGAAAUUUCCUUUAGUCUCUUGUAUCCAUCAUGAUAAACUGCUUAGUGAGCAGUCACAGGACUUGCAGAUCCAUGGAUUUAGAAGCAGGUACCCUGCUUAUACUCAAUGGGUCUUUUGGCAUUGGACUUCGAGCCUAGGGUUCUCCACCCCAAGUCUGUUGCUUUAACCACUAUGCCCAUCACAGCCAUUGUUCUACAGAGUGGUCAAAAAGUGGGAAUAUCUCCACUUUAUUUUCAGCAUUAUGUUAGUUAUGGUUGAAUGUUUGUUAUGCAUAGUGAACUAGAAGUCUUAAAGAAUCAUAAGCAUUGAUAGAAACACUAUCCUUGUGGUAACACAGCUGAAUUCAGUGCCAUUUUCUUGCAAAUGCAUGGCAAUUUGGAAAUGUUUUGCUGCAAAACAUCUGCUAGAACAUGGCCCAGAAUUCAGCUGUGUGAAGACAUGGCUGGUGUUCUACCGACGUUUAUGAUUCUGCAAAUUCUAGUUAACUAAAUAUAACAAACAUUCAAUUGUAACUAUUAUACUGAUGAAAAUGAAGCUUGGGUACGCCCACUUAUGGACCACUCUGUACAUAAGUCAGCGAGAGAAUUUCAAUAUUAAUUUCUAAAAGUCAAUUAAUAUGCAUUUUACUGUAAUGUGUAUUGUUGUGACAAUGUAUAUGUUAACAAUUAUUGUUGAUUAACACACAGUUAAAAUGACUUUUACCUUUAUUCCUUUACCAUAACGUCUGUUAUUAACACCCCAUGUAGCUAUAGGAAAGAGUGAAUAAGUGCUUUAAGACCAUCAUGUUUAUUGUUUUUUAAUGUUAAUUCCAAAAAAAAAAAAGAAUCCCUUUUUUGCAAUGGAAUUUGGAUUGUUUUAAGUAAUAAUGCAUGUAUUUAACAGGGGUUAAUUCAGGUUUGUGUUUUCAGGUCUGCAUUUUGUGAAAAGAAAAAAAAGAUUUUUGUGAACUUUUUUUUUUUUUGUGAAAAAAAAGAACUAUUUUUUGCGUGUUUUUCUUUUAUAUAUUUUUGUGAAAAAAAAAAAAAAAAACUUGUCAUAUCGAAUGGAGCAGUGAUGCCCAUUCUUUGUUUUCUGUCCAAGGACUGCACUUUAUACUAAGACCAAUCUCACUUGCCAGAACACAUAUAAAAUUAAAAAAUAUUAAAAUCUUUUUUUAUUGAUAACAUGGAAAAACACAGAAAAGGAGAGUAAAAUACAAGCUAAGAAUUGUUGUUAUCAUUACUAUAUGGUUAUUUUAUUAAUUCAAAUUUUCUAACUAUUGUGCUUUAAAUUUUCAACAGUCAAUCGUAAUACCAAGUAAUCUGAUGUUUUAGAAAGUUCCAGAAUAUAUUUUUCGAUUUGUAACAGCACACCACAUGAAUCUGCUGUGCGGGUCUCAUUUGGCCCAUGGGUCGUAGGUUGGGCACCACUGGUCUGGAGCAUGUUUAGCUCAUUGAGAAGCGAUAAAAUGGAGAAAGUGAGGACUUUCAUUCAUGAAACCGAGACGACCCCAAGUCCUGUGAUAGAUUUUAAAGCAAAGCAUUGGAAGAGAUCGGGUUUCUUUCGUUUGUUUCAUGGAAAACGUGCCAACCAUUCGUCAUUGUUGAGUCAUGUGACUUGGAGUCUUUGGGCCAACUUUUGCUAAGUCAAUGAUUGGACUUGCUACCUCCAUUUUAGUUCCUGCUCUAAGGUUUAGCUAUCAUAUAUCUAGUUUGAAAUCCCUUUGUCCUAAAGGACUUAACUGGGAAUGACUUGUAAGCUGGAAGUUUUUUUUUUUUAAAUCGAUAUUUUGUUUCCAGACAAAUUGAGUGAGCUUAAGAGUGAUGAUAAAAAAAAAAUUUUUAAUGAAAUUUUACAAAAGCUCUAAUUUUAAGAUAUGAAAUUUGAAGUGGCCGCUUUUACGAUAUAGAAUUUUGUGAAGGGCGGCAAAGUGAACCGAAUUAGCAUCUGAAUCAACCCCUGUUUAAAGAGUGGUUGUGACUUGUUACAUAACAUUCCUCCUCUAACAAAUUUUUUACUGUUAAAAAUUUGAACAACUUUAUGAAAUGAGCAGUUUGAGAAGAAAA